AUGCUGCGCGACUGCUCCGUGCGCUCCAAGCUGCCGGCCGCCAACCUGCUGGUGGUGGGCGACGCGGAGAGCGGCAAGUCGGCGCUGCUGGCGCGGCUGGACGAGGCCAAGCUCGCGCCCUCGGAGGCCGCGGACGAGGCGCACGCCGUGGACACGCUGCUGGCCUUCAAGACGCUGGACGUGCUGGACCCGCGGGCCAAGGAGAGCGGCGGCGAUGCCUCCGAGGACGUGAUGGCGCAGAUCGGCACGUGGAGUCUGAACGACUUGAACCUCAAGGACCUCAUCAAGAUCGCGGUCAAGCCCCGGACGCUGCAGAAGACGGUGGUGGCCAUUGUGCUGGAUCUGUCGCGGCCCUGGACGAUCAAGAGCUCGUUGGAGCAGUGGCUCUCGGCGCUGGAAGGCCAGUUGCUGGAGCAGAUCAACCAACUGGCGCCUGAGGCGAGGAACGAGCUGUACGCAGCUAUCAAGCAGCACAUUCUGGCGUAUGAAGACCCGACUGUCGAUCAUUCUGCGCCGACGCCGAUGGACACGUCCACGAAUGAAUUUAUGGAGGAAGGUGUGCUGUCGAAGAAUCUGGGUGUGCCGUUGGUGCUUGUUGUGGCCAAAGCUGAUUUGCGACCAGAAAACUCGGUGAAGAUGGACUACAUUGAGUACACACUUCGCCAGUUCGCUAUUCGAUACGGUGCCUCGGUGGUGUUCACGUCUGCAAAAACUGGAUCCAACGUGGACACACUCCGCAAGUAUAUUCUUCACCGUGCGUAUCCGUCCCAAUUCAAGUUCACGGAGCCACCGCAACUGGUUGACCACAACAGCCUUUUCAUCCCGUCCGGCUAUGACUCCUUUGAAUUGGUGAACCAGAGCCUUGUUGGCUCACAAGCUCGUUGGCCGACUGAUAAGCCGUUUGAGAAAAUCGUGCCUGCUCCGACUGAAGACGCCGAAGAUGCUACUGCGUUGCUUGCGUCUGACAUCCGUGUCGAUGGCCACGAACAAUGGCUGGAGAAGUUGGAGAAAGCAGCCGGUGCAGGUCUGGAGGAGCUGCAAAAGCAGAGCAUUGAGGCGAGCAAAAAGGCGGAGCAGGCAGCAGUGGCCCGCCGGGCGGCAGCUGAUCGCCGCAAGCGCGAGGAGAAGGAUGUGAGCUCGAAGCAUUUGCAGAACUUCUUCAACAAUCUGCUUAGUCGCCCGGAGAAAACCAGGUCUUCGAGAUCGAUGAGUGACAAAAAGAAGGAAAAGAGCGACAAAUUGUUGGGCGAAGAAGCGAAGCGUGCUGGGGUCUAA